AUGUCUGAAGGACACGAAACCAACGCUGAAGUGUUGAAGAAGCUCAACGUCGCCAAGGAGAAGAAAGAGACUGGAGAUCAAGCAUUCAAGGCGGGCGAAUUACAGAAUGCUCUCAGGUCGUAUCAUGAGGCGCUGUUGUAUUUGAACGGAAUCGAUAAAACACCACUGGCACCGUUGACUGCGCAAACAGAGCCCGUAGUUGAUGGCGCAGCGAAAGCGAAGCCCAAGACCGAGGUGGACGAAAUGCUAGAGAAAAUCUACUCUAACCAAUCCGCAUGUCAUCUUAAGAGGGGUAAUUGGAAGCGCGCCAUCGAGACGGCGGAUAAGGCUCUGACACAGAACGCGGACAACUACAAGGCGUUGUUUCGUAAAGCUAAAGCGCUCGGAGAACUUGGCUUCUUCGAGAAAGCGGAGAAGAUCUUGGAGGAUCUCCUACAGAAGAAUCCAUCUGAUGCUCCUGCGAUCAACGCAGAGCUUACCCGACUUCGCGCAAUAGACAAAGUGCGGGAGAAAGUCCAUAACCAGAAAUUCAAAGGCUUCCUCAACCGCGAGAACAAAUCGGAAGCUGUUGCCGAAUCAUGA